AUUGACUUACUUCCCAGUUACGGCAUUGGCAGAACCAAUCCGUUCUUCUUCAGCUAUGCUAGUAUUCCAUUUGAAGAUGAACGUAUCAAAAAGGACGUCUGGCCAGAAAUAAAGCCCUUGACUCCUUAUGGCCAGCUUCCUAUGCUCGUAGCUGAUAGAAGGAAGGUUGCUCAGUCUACAGCUAUUUGCCGUUACUUAAUAGUACAUAUCUGUUCAGAAAUUGCCGCCUUCCACUAUGAGGAGGACGAGAAGGUCAAAGCUGCAAAACGCAAGGCUGCUGAAGAGACGCUGCUGUUCAUUUUAGAACGUUUGGACCAGCAAGUGAAGGAAAAUGACGGCUACUUCUACGAUGGUACUCUCUCUUGGGCUGAUUUAACAUUCGUUGCUCUGCUCGAUUAUUUGAACUUUAUGUACAAGUCUGAUCUGAUCGAGAAUUACGAGAAUCUGAAGCUGCUGGAGAAAAAGGUCCUCCUUCUGCCCAAGAUCAAAAACUGGAUUGAGAGACGCCCAGGCAAUAUUGAAGAAAGCAAAGAGAAUGAAGAAAUUGUAGGAACUAUGAGAGGCUACUCCUUCUUUCACAACUUAUUUUCUCUUCGUUUGGGGGGAAAAACACAAAUGAAUGUAACGGUUGGUUUCAUAUACGUUUCAGCUAUCUGCUACUAUCGCAUGGAGGAGGAUCCUGAAAAGAAGGAAGCGAGGAAGAAUCAACUUUUGAACGAAACAAUACCAUUUUACUUGACUAAAUUCGACCAGAUUAUUGGCGAAAAUGAAGGAUAUAUCAUUCCUUCUAUCGUAAGAUAGUUUAUCCAAAUUUAAUGUUAAAAUUUUUAGUCUUUGUGCAAACUGGGCCAUGUUGUCCAUAAAAAAUUAUUGAAACUUUGUUGCGACAAGACAGCUUUAAUUGUUGAGAGCAGAGUGUAUCUUUAAAAUUCACUCCUGUUAGUUUAUGUACAAAUGAAUUUGCCAAGAUUUUCAGCUUUUAGAUAAUUAUUCAUGUAUCUUCCUCAUCAAGUUUGAUAGAAAUUAUUACUAUCGUAAUCAAAGCAAAGAUUAAGAUAUGUAAAAUCAUUUCUCUGGAUAUGACACUCUUGUUUAAUGAGUGAUAAAUGAUACCAUUCGAAAUAUCAUAUUUAUAUAAUAUAUAAUGAUACUUAUAAGUGUAAUCACUUAAGUACAGAUAUCUGAAUUUUUCUCACUGUCACUGACAUAGAUACGUAUUAUCGUUCCUUAGAUUACUUGACCAGUUUAUUUCUUUCAUCACUGUGUUAUUAUAUAAUAAUAAUAAAUAAUCACAUUAAAUUAAUUUAGUAUGAUUAUGUUGUUUAAUAAUACGUGUUUCAUUGCAAAAUAUUUAGCGAUUGAAGGGCUCAUAGGAAACAUGAAAGUGAAAGAAUACUAGAAUCUAGAGUUUACGAUUUCAAUCUCUUUAACGAGAUAUUUAUCAUAUUACACAAUUCCUGUAAAUGUAUUUGUAAUUAUAUCGCCGAAGAAUUGUAUUUAAUUAAGCUAUGAAGUUGUGGAAUCGUGAGAAGGAUUAUUUUUAUAGAACUGUCUAAUUUCCAUUCGACAUUGAUUCAGGAUACACAUUACUCUUUUUUACAUAAUACCAGUUUUGUCAUUUUUAAUUAACAAACACCUCCAAAGGUUGAAGUUUCUAAAAUUAUCUUCUUUCGAACGGUCAAUAUCCUUCCACCGGGUAGGACACACCCACAGAUCAGUCACUUAUUCAUCUCGUACAUACGCACCAGCGUAACUGCCUUCGUUAUAAGUUGUUGGAAUAAACGGUGAAAUAUAACUUACUAUACUGUGUCAUAUUCAUUUAACCACCUCUUAUCUUAACCGAAACAGGGGAACCACUACUUCGCGGCGUCGAUUCACCGAAUCGUAGCGAGAAUUUACGCCUCUCGCUACUGCGACUGCGUCUCUCCGCGAACGGUCGUAACACAUUGAUCGACAGAAGUACUAAACUCUAAUAACAUAAAUUUAUAUAUUUUCUAUUUCCCAGCCACCAGUUUUAUAGAUUUUUCUAUCUUCUGUACUACUUUUAUCCCUUUUAUUUUUUCUUACAUGAGAUUAUUGUAAAUUUAAUAUCAUUUGUUCGCAAUAUUUGUUAUUUAUCUUUCCUUGAAUUUGAAAUUUCGCGCUUCAAUGUUGUGUGUUGUUCGACG